AUGGCUUCAAACAAAKCUCCUGGAAUAGAUAAGAUUCCUCUCCACGUUAUAAAAGACUGCCUCCCUGUCAUCUUACCAUCGAUUACUUCGAUCGUGAACGCCACUUUUAGCUCUGCACAAUUUCCCAUCGCUUGGAAAAUAGUCGAGGUCGUACCUAUUCCAAAGGAUGGCGAUCACGAAAUCCCAGACAACAACAGGCCUAUUUCACUAUUACCAGUGUUAUCCAAGGUUUGUGAGAGAGUCGCUCAUGAUCAGUUAACUUCAUAUUUAUCAACCAAUCAACGCUUAACAUCCAAGCAAAGCGGAAAUAAAAAGUGGAAUUCAACCGAGACAUCUGUCAUCCAAACAACCGAUACURUUCUCGAGGCCAUCGAUAAGAAACAGCUUACUGCUACUGUGCUGCUCGACAUGAGUAAGGCCUUCGAUAGCAUUGAUCAUAAAAUCCUUAUGACAAAACUGCAGGACGUUGGACUGUCACCUCAAGCCAUUCAGUGGUUUCGCAGCUAUCUUACUUCACUCUAUCAAGUCGUCAGAAUCCAAACUGCAGUCUCAGACCGUUUGCCUAUGACCUGUGGUGUACCACAGGAAGCCCAGCAAUAUAUUGUUUCAAGACUUAAUCAAGACCUUUCCAGAAUAGCUAAUUGGACUCUCGACAAUUACCUACUUCUAAAUCCCGACAAAACUAAACUUAUCAUCUUUGGGAGCAAAGUGAUGACUGCUAAAGURGAAGAUUUUCGUCUAACGCUACUGGAAAAAGAACUUACACCUGUCAAGUCACUAAAGGAUUUAGGAGUUCUCCUUGAUUCCAACUUGACGUAUAAAGAUCAUGUACAAUCGACAGUGUCUAGUUGCAUGUCGCGUUUGGGACAGAUUAACCGAGUAAAAYAUGCCUUUGAUCAAAACACUCUAAAAACCAUGAUAAAUGCCUUAGUUUUCAGCAAGCUCUACUAUUGCUCUAAUAUGUGGAGCACUACCACUGAGAGUAACCUGAACAAAGUCCAAGCUGUGCAGAACUUCGCAUGCCGUAUCAUUAGCAAYAAAAGAAAGUACGAUCACGUCACGCCUAUUCUUAAAGAGCUACRAUGGUUACCCGUCAGACAGCAAUUACACUACCGUAAUGCUAUUAUGGCAUUCAAAUGCAUGACUGGGUGUGCCCCUGAUUCCUUAUGCUCGCGAUUUAUUCCAAGAUCAAGCAUCACGCAGCGUACGACAAGAAACUAG